GAAAGAGUGCAGGAAAACUUCAGAGAUCAUUUUCACACGCUCAGUUAGAGCAUAUUCUUAUAAAUAUUUCUACAUAUCUUCCCAGCAGCGGCUCAGCGACCAUCUUUAUCCGAGGGAAUGAUUAAGAGAAGCAAGGUCCCACAAUCCAGAAGAGCGGAGAUCAUGGGUCUGUUUCAAAUCCACGCAGACGACCUCCCCACGUUAUCUGCAAGUGCCCUGCUGAGGUUUCUCCACAAAGAUCAAAUGGAGCAAGCAGCAACCAAAGAAACGGUCGAGAGUCUGAUUGACAGAUAUGAGAUUGACGAGGCAGCCAUAGAGAGCCGCUCCAUGACGUUCGAGGGCUUCCUCAGAUACAUGGAGUCCAAAGACUGCUGCCUCUUCGACCAGACUCACACAUCGGUGUACCAAGACAUGGAGCAGCCUCUCACCAGCUACUUCAUCUCCUCUUCUCACAACACCUACCUGACAGGCGAUCAGCUGGUUGGAAAGAGCCACCUGGACGCGUAUGUUAGCGCUCUGAGGAAGGGCUGCCGCUGUCUGGAGAUCGACUGCUGGGACGGUCCAGAUAUGGAGCCUGUAGUUUACCACGGCUACACCCUCACCACCAAGAUACUUUUCAAAGAUGUCGUCGCAACUGUGGCUCAACACGCCUUUGAGGUGUCGGCCUACCCGGUAAUUCUGUCUCUGGAAAACCACUGCUGCCAGGAGCAGCAGGAGGUCAUGGCCCACUACCUUAUCUCCAUCCUGGGGGACAAGCUGUUGAAAAGCCCUUUGGAUCAUCCAACCACCGGAGACCUCCCGAGCCCAAAUGACUUGAAGUAUAAGAUCCUGAUCAAGAACAAAAAGCUAAAGUCACAACUUAAGGCAGAGGACAGAGCAGAGGGAGAGGAGAGUGCAGACGAGGGUGAGGACGGUGACGAUGAGGAGGAGGAGGUGGAGGAAGAUGAGGAGGAGGACGAGGGUCCUCAAACCAAAGCAAAGUUCUGGUCUUCCAGAAAAGCAGGGUCAAAGAAGAAAAAGAAGAAGGUGAAGGUGGCCCAGGCUUUAUCGGAUCUGGUAAUAUACACAAGGUCUGUCAAGUUCAUCAGCUUCAGCCACUCCCAGGACAGUCAGAACAGCUAUGAGAAUACAUCCAUUGCAGAAAAGAAGGCUCGCAAGCUGAUAAAGGCCUCAGCUCCAGAUUUUGUUCAGCACAACCAGAGGUUCCUAAGCAGAAUUUACCCAGCAGGCUCGAGAACGUCCUCCACCAACUACAGCCCUCAGGAGUUCUGGAACGCCGGCGCGCAGAUCGUGGCUCUUAAUUUCCAAUCUCUGGGCCUGCCUAUGGACCUUAACGACGGCCGUUUCCAAGACAACGGCGGCUGCGGCUACGUCCUGAAGCCAGAGGUGCUCAUGUCCAGAGAGAGGAGCUUUGAUCCGAGCUCCAGCCAGCACCGCCUCAAACCCACACAGCUGCUGCUCAAGGUGAUCAGCGGAUCGAACCUUCCGCUCCCCAAGUCUGGAAAAGCUCUGGACCCGUUUGUCAGAGUGGAGAUUCAUGGGAUUCCGUCUGACUCCCGCUGUAAAAACACUCAGACUGUCAAAAACAAUUCUCUGAGUCCUCACUGGGACGCUGACAUGAACUUUAGCAUCAGCGUCCCCGAGCUCUGCCUCGUCCGCUUCUGCGUGCGCGACCAGACCUCCCUCUUCAGGAGCGAGUUUGUGGGCCAGUACACGCUGCCCUUCACCAGCUUAAAGAAAGGCUACCGCUGGGUGCCUCUCCGGUCCCGAGACGGAUGCAGUCUCGAUCCAGCUUCCCUCUUCGUCUUGGUUUGUUAUUGCUAAUAGCAGCCGUCAAAGGUGGACUCUCUCAGAACAAAAAACACAAAUAAACAGUUUAAACUAACAGAUUGGAUUGGAUGGAUUAUCCAGCGGAAUGUAUAGAUCACACGGCAUGAUUUCCUCAGAUAUAAGUAUACAUUUAAUUUACAAAAUAUGUGUUUAUUUCUAGUGCUGGCCUGCUGAGAGUUAUACAAGAAAAGAGCAGAGUCUGACAGCUUCCUGCUCAAAUCUCUUUGGUAAUCAAUAUUAAUCUCGACAAUAAUACAGUAAAUUACACAGAGACUUAAAAGAUCUUACACAGGUAAAGUCAAGGAGUUGGCUCCAGAUAUAAUGCAAAGAUAUAAACAAGGACAAAUUUGUUGGCAAAGAUGUAUGUACAAAAAACAAAGAGAAACCUUAAACUUUGUGUUUUCGUGUGAUGGCCUGAUUUUACUUUAAUUUGAGUAUAUUUAGUCAAGAGGAACAAAAAGAAGGGAGAGUGUUUAACAGAAUCCUCUUUGGCACA